ACUAAAGCCGUUCCACGUCAUCAGCACACAUCCGCCUUCCAGCGGCACAACGAAGGCGUCGCAUAUAUAUACUCAGUGUGUAGAAAUGGAGUCGAAGGUAGGUGACCCUUUCAGCAAUGAGGUGGAGGAGCUUCCUGCAGCACGCGUGAUCAGCAGGCUCUUUCCGAAAGGCUUUUCUGGGAAUGUGGCGAAGGAGUGGUUUGACCGUCGACGCAAAUCUAUCAGGCCCUGGGCCAGCUUUGUGGAUCAGCGCAAGUUUUCCAAACCGAAGAACUUUGGUGAACUGUGCCAGCGUGUUGUGCGGAACCUGGACACAUAUCACAGCAACUACACCUUCAUCUUCCUGGGGCUCAUCCUCUACUGCAUUAUCAGCUCUCCCAUGCUGUUGAUCGCUUUGGCUGUGUUUGCUGGUGCCUUUUACAUCAUCCACCUGAAGUCACUGGAGUCCAAGCUGGUUGUUUUCGGGCGGGAGUUGACUCAUGGUCACCAGUUGGGACUGGCUGGAGCAGUGUCUUUACCCGUGUUCUGGCUCGCAGGUGCUGGAGCAGCUGUUUUCUGGGUCCUGGGAGCUACGCUGGCCGUGAUCGGCUCCCACGCCGCUUUCCGUGACCUGGAGCAAUCAGACGUGGAGGAGCUCCUGAUGGAGCCUGUCUAACUCCUCGGCUCUUUCAGCAUCGAGCUCUUUAUUUAUCUAGACGUCUUGCCUGCACAUUGUUACUGCUUUCUAAUAGGUUGUGACGGAUGAACUAAAUAUUUAAUCAAUCACUGAUCUCUGGAUAGACUGUUAUUCAGGAAUUGAUGCAUUUUCUUCUGAUUCUUUAGCUUCAGAGAAACAAUAUCCAGUAGAUGGAUAGAAACAGAAAGACAUGUUUUUAAAUACAGAGUGACGUUGAGUAAGCACAGUAGACACACACACGCGCACAUACCUUCACGGGUAUGCAGCAGAUAGCUCCAUCUGUUACAUAUGGAAAGACUUCGUGUUUAAAAAUAAACAAAUAGAAAUCAUGACACAAAUCAAAGCUCUAACACACAACAGGAAAAAAAAAAUGUUUUUUUUUUUUUUAAAUUCUACUUUCCUAAACUCUGCUUUAUGAGAAAUAGGACUGGAAUGAGAUGUUUUACAGUUUGAGGGUUUAUGGAAAAAUAUGCAAAAACACAAAGUAAUUCGGUUACUGUGCAUGGAAAGAAAAGCUAUCCAGGAUGCCUGUAAACAUUAUCGUCAUGGUGUUGAACAUCAAGUAACACUAGUUAUUAAAUGCAGUAUCAAAGAGCUUCAUCAAAUGCAUGUGCCCAAGUGCUUUUAUUGCAAGUCUUUGCAGUUUUUCAAUUGCCAUUUUUUUAUCACGCAAUAUUUUUAAAGUAUCUUUUUUUUUAAUUUCUUUUCUCUCCAAAGAAUUCGUCUUUUAUCUUUUUGUCUUUGUGAUGUGUUUUGAUCAAAAGGAACGUGCAAUAAAAUCCUCUGCCUGUAAAA